AUGGUACGAGGGUAUCCAAACUGUUAUCGCUUCUGUCAACAAUGCAAAUCCGAUUGCAUAUGUGGAAACUGCGACUGGUGCCAUACAUGCCGGCCACACAAAGACCUCUUAGACAGUCUGCCUGAGACACGUACUCAGCGCGAUAAUGACCACAAUAUCGCCUGCGAUAACUAUGACCGAUCACAUAGCUGUGAUUUAGGCGAGACGCAGCCUCAGAGCGAUACUGUGAAUUUAAAGAGCAAGGAUCAUGCUAUCACUUUACAAGGCGCCAUGAACUCGGAUUUCUUUGCCAUAAUCGUGGGACCCGAGAAAAAGGAGUUUAAUAUCCACACCAAAGCCCUCUGCGCGGCGUCGAUAUACUUCAAUAAUAUUGUGAACUCGGGGAUGGCCGAAUCCCACGAUAAAACCGUAACGCUCGACGAAGGUAUCGAUGCAGAAACCUUUGCACUUUUCGCACAAUAUUGCUAUAUGCAAGACUAUAGCUACGAAGAUAAAGAUCAUCCAGAACCACUCUAUCUACACGCCAAAGUCUACAUCCUCGCAGAAAGACUACAAUGUAUGGGACUAAAGACAACAGCCCUCCACAAAGCCAGCCAUCGUUGCUUUACUUCAACACCUUCGGCAAACUCGGAGAAAAUGACGGAGACUAUUUUAAUCAUCUAUAACCAUACUCAUGACGUAAAUACUGGAAAAUUCCCAGCCAGCCCAAAGGAGAAGUGGCCAAAUUGUGAUGGUGUUGUAAGAGAUGGGUUUCGAAUACUGCUGGCGAAGUAUUGGGCUACUCAUCUUGUUGAAUUGAGGAAACAAGAGGCCGUUGCAUUGACUUAUCAGGAAUGCCCGGAGUUUAUGGCGGAUUUGAUUCUUUUUGUUAAUCCGGGCAAUCCGCCUUUGAUGAUUUGA